AUGGCGAAGGCCUUAGAGCCUCCGCAGGCAGUGCAGCCUGGGCUGGUCUUGCAUCCUUCCUUCAAUGUGACGGCCCUUGCAGAGCUGGAAGGUUCACCCUACCUCCUCAGCGCCGAUGGGAAGGGCGCAGUGUGCUGCUGGGAUGUUUCGCCCGGGACGCAGAUCACCGAGCCGGUGCACGUCUUGCAAGCCCAUUCGGAUGCCAUCUCCCAGGCGCUGCUGUUAAGAAGCAGCCGCAUCCCCGAAGCCUUGGAGGACCUACUCUGGAAAGGCGAGUCGGAAGGCUCCCAGGCUGAAGCCGACCUGAGUCCCAAGUCCAAGUCCACGCAGGCCGUCUCCACAGCACCCAGCGAGGCUGCCGGGCCUGUCCCACUGAAGGCGGUGCCUUCUAUGAAGAAGCCGAAGCGGAGAGGGCUCCUGCAGUGCUGCCUUUGUUGCUGUCGUGGCCAGUCAUUCAAGAGCGGGCCGCAUUGGCUCGUCGCCACCUCCUCCGAGGAUGGGCACCUGGUCGUCUGGUACUUCAAGCCUCUGCCCAGGAAGACCCCGAAAGCUGGCGAAGGCAUCUUUGAGGUGACCUUGAUCAGCGAGUGGCAGUCCGAAUCGGCUGCGAAAAUCACGAGUUGCCUGGAGCUGCACGACGGAUUGCUGGCUGUGGGCUUCAAGCAAGGCUGUGACGUGAAUCUCGUCGAUCCCUGCACAGCCACCGUUUGUUGGGUUCUCUACGGUCACACGGCCCCCAUCACGGCUUUGGCGGAAUGCGCGGAUGGCCGCUUCGUCACUGGUGGAGCAGAUGGGGCCAUUCGUCUAUGGGCAAAGCGGACAUGGUCCACAGCUUGGCCAGCACAGGAUUCUCUUCGCAGAGCCGCUGACCCACCUGCCGAUGGCACCGAGCCCCCGCUUCUGCCGACGGAGGCUUGGAACGAGCUGCUCGGAAGCGAGACCGGGAAGCCUGGGGUCUGCAGCAUGGCCUUCCAUGCUCACACACAGCAGGCACGACGCGGUGAGAUGGCAGCGCUAUUCUUGAGAGUCCUUGUGCAGAGCGGCAGCAAUCUCAUCAAGGCGGAGGCCUUAAAGAAGUCUCAGGUCUACGUCGCUUGCACCGUGCUGGACGUUGCAGAUGCAUCGCAGAUGUCCCAGGAGACAACGGCGCAGACAAGAUCCAGCAGGACCGGCACGUGGAACGAGUCGCUGACCCUUUCGUACAGAAGGAGCUGGAUUGCUGGAAAGCAAGGGCUGCCUGAAUGCUCCUGGCUUGAUCUGGAGGUAAUGCUGGGCGCCAGCCGUAAGAAGGCUCCGAGAACCAUUGCCCGCUGCUCUGUACCAUUGGAGGAGGUGGUGCGGCAACUGGCGGAUGCUCCGAGCCACGAGUUGACGCCCAGCGCCAGAAAGCUGUACUCUCCUCUGGGGCAAGGACCAUACGAGGAGGUCGUGGACGCCGAGCUUUAUGUUGGAUUUUUCGAAGAAGCAGGGGACGUACUUGGAGUCUCUGUGAAGUCGGUCCAUGGCCUCGCUGUCCGCUUCACACAACCAAUAUUUGUCCGUGCGACUGUUCGGCAGAGCUGCGCUGGCGCAGUGCAGAGUCUGCCGGCCAAAGUUCGGGACGUGACUGAGGUUCGAAGUCAGACGGUGAACCCUUGGUGGGACGAGAUCUUGGAGUUCGAGAUCCCGGUCUUCGUCGGCGACCGUCACAUCUCCCACAGUCCCGACUACCGCCUCUACUUUCAAGUCUUCUGCAAGGAGCGAAUGAACAACGAGAAGUUGCUGGCUGAGCUCUUCGUGCCACUCGCGGAUGCGAUCCGUGCAGAUGGCCAGAAGGCAAAGUCCUUCGAACUGAAGCCCACGGAGAUGCUGCUAAACCGGGGCAGGAAGUCCAGCAGAAGCAGCGCAGCCAGCGGCGCUGGGAAGGAAAAGCCGACUCUCUGUCUGGCGUUUCAGGCCAUCGUGCCAUGUCCAAAGCAGAUUCAGUGCACGGUGGAACGCCUAGACAGCGUGAAGUACGCCGGCACAGUGGACAAGAACCUUCAAGUUCGGAUGUGUUUCGUGGAGGGCGAUCCGAUGCUGGCAAACCCAAGUGUGAGAACUUCUUCCAAGCAGCAGACCGUCAAGCCCGUCUGGAAACAAAGGUGUGUCUUUGACAUGCCAGCGGGGCUUCUCCGAUCGGGUUUUGAACCUCGCCCUCCCUCCGUCCGCAAGGGAUGGGUGCACGACAGCAGGGAGGCCAAUCAGUCCAGCAUGGCCGUGUGCAUUGACGUCUGCGACCGUGAUGCGAUCAAUGGCACCGACAGCUUCAUGUGCCGUGGUCAUGUGCCCCUUCGGACUGCGUGGGAGGCUGCCACCAAAGGGCGCAGCCUGGUGUCUCCACAGUGGGUGAGCCUGGUGCCUUCAGCCGGUGCUCGAUUGCAGGUGGGGUUUUCCACCAAUUCAUCCAAGGACCAAUUGAACGUGCACAUACUAGGGGCGGAGAAGCUUCCCGGACGCGCAACCUCAGGGCUCGCGGACCCGUUCUGCAUUGUCCGGUUGGCGUUCAUCGGCCAGCUCGGGGAGCCCACUGACCAGGCAUCUGUGAAUUUGCCUUUUGUGACCACGCCUGCUGGCGAGUUGCGAGGCGGUGCGGACAGCUUGUUCUUUCAGCAUGAGGAAGUCUUGGAGCUUCCUGGCGCGCUCGCAGAAGGCAUGGUUGCAGCCCGGGCAAGCUGGCAUUAUCAGGUCGAUUUGAUCGACAUGAAGAAACAGGUCGUGCUCUGCUCCGGAAGUAUCUCUGUGCUGGAGAUGCUGGACGACAUUUGCCGUACUGAGGGGCGAUGCGAGGUGACGCGGUACACCAUCCGUGAAAAGUUGGAGGAAUCCAAAUCAUUGCUGCAGAAGCCGUCCACUCCCGAUCCGUUUGCAGACGAAGAAAGGUGUGGGUCUGUCCUUCGGAAGAUUGUCUUGAAGCAGCUGGACAAACCCUACAAAGCAGCGCUGGAUCAGGGCGAAGUGGACAUGUCAAGCGUCAAGCCCAAGCGGAAGCAGGUGGGCGAAGCAAUUGGCAGUGCCUUGGUUACUUUGGGAUUGCGAAACAACACCGAGCGUGUCGAUCGAGGCACUGAUGACAUGGAGCUGCACGUGCGCUUCCAGGUUGUCUCUCGCUGGAAAGGCCUUGCCAGAGGGAGCCGCAGCCCCCCAUCGGUGCCCAUGCAAGCACCAUCUGCAGUGAGGUGCAUUGCCACAUUGGCGAAUUCCAUCGUUGCAGGCUACGAGGAUGGCAACGUCUUCAUCUGGGAUGCUUCGGGGCAUGGGGGUCCUCUCCACCAGUUCCAGGCACAUGCGGUACCCGUCAGCGCCAUUGCUGUCUUGCCACCCCUUGGCUGUGUGGUGACUGCGGGUGAAGUUCGCAAUGGCCUAGAGGCUUUCUCUGAGUCCCGGAUACGGCUUUGGAGCACUGUGACAUUGGAAUUGCGCCAGUCUGUGUCCUUGAACGGAUCGGUUGCACGUGUUCUGCGUCCUUUGGUUCUGGGCGCGGCCAUCGAAGACAUCAUGCGCGCUGCAGAGGCUGCGGGCCGCUCCAUCGAGAAGAGAGAGAAGGUGGUUCCUCCAUGCCUGGCUGUCGGCACCGACUCGAGGCAGGCAAAACAAGUCCGCCUGAUGCGCAUCAGCUUAGACGUGAGAAAAAAGAAGUGA